CUUGCACGUCUCCAGACCAAUCUCUAGUGUCUAGCUAUACAAGCAUCUACUUCCUAGCUCUCAGGUCUUUCACUGAACCCUGUCCGCCACAAUGGUGCGGUACACUUCUUCCAUUCUUUUGGCCUCGUUGGCCGCCACUUCCGUCUGGGCUGCCUCGUCCCCUCCUUCAUGCAGUACCAGCUCUCAGUGCCCCGAAGAGUAUCCUUGCUGCUCUCAAUAUGGACAGUGCGGUACUGGUGCUUACUGCUUGGGUGGUUGCGACCCCAUCUCGUCAUACUCUCUGGACUCUUGCGUUGGUGAGCCCGUGUGUCAGAGCAAGACCUACAAGUGGGACUCUCUCGAUAGUGCCGCGCUGAACACCAAAUACCUCGGAAAUGCGUCCGAAUACGACUGGGUCUACAGCGGCUACCCCAAGUUGGACGAUGGAAAUCUUCUCCUCACUAUGCCCAAGAACACCGUUGGUACCCUCUUUGCGAACAACCACUACGUCUGGUAUGGCAAGAUUUCCGGCAAAGUCAAGAGCAGCCGUGGUGCCGGUGUCGUCACGGCUUUCAUCCUGCUUUCGGACGUCAAGGACGAGAUCGACUUUGAGUGGAUUGGUGCGGAUCUGGCCAAUGUCCAGACCAACUAUUACUGGCAGGGUGUUCUGAAUUACAACAACGGCGAUAAGGAUGCCGUCAACGGAAGUGAUACCUUCGAUGAUUGGCAUGAGUAUGAGAUCGACUGGAAGGAAGAUGCGAUUACCUGGUCUGUGGAUGGUCAGGUCAAGCGGACUCUCACCAAGGAAUCGACCUGGAACGAAACUGCUCAGCGCUACCAAUACCCCCAGUCCCCGUCCAGAAUGCAGCUUUCCCUGUGGCCCGCCGGCCAAGCCAGCAAUGCACCCGGAACCAUUGAGUGGGCUGGUGGCGAAAUCGAUUGGGACAGCCAGGACAUCAAAGACAAGGGUUACUACUACGCCACGUUCAGCGACAUCACGGUUGAGUGCUACGAUGCCCCGAACGGCACUGUUUCGAACGGAAACAAGUCGUACAUGUUCACCAACAAGGACGGGCUACAGCAAUCGGUUCAGAUCACCAACAAUGACACCGUGCUUGCAUCUUUUGGCGCCACCGGUCUCGACAUGGAUCUCGGUGCCAGCGACUCCAGCAGUUCCGGAACUAACGGCACGGUUCCUGAGAACCAGGGAGGUUCAGGAAACGUACCAGGCAGCAGCAGCAGCAGCACCACUAGUGGCAGCUCAAGUACCUCUUCUGGAUUCAGCCAGGGCAGUAGCACCGACACGAGCGGUGCCCCCUCCCAGAAUGAGCGAGUCAUGAGAGGCUCAUUCUUUGCUGCCUUGGUCGCAGUUGUCGUUCUGGUCGCUCUCUAAGGAGAGACUCGACAAGCAACCAUCAUCUUCACUUCUUGGAUAUUCUUAUUCACAUAGCUCGAUUCUCGGUGCAUGACCCUCCUUUACGACUUGUGUUAUCAUUCUUAAUCCUCUUUACUGUUCUAUACCUGGC